CUCAGCAAACCGUCUUCUCGCGCGUCAAGAACUUCAACGCACUAAUGAAUACUCUCGACUCUUUCUUCUCUACUGCUGCUAGUGACAAUGAGGACGACGGAACAGUCUUGAGCGAUGAAUUCUGGGAUCCCGCCUGUAGUUUUCAUGCACACGCAUAUACGCCUACUCUGAUGCCUGCUCACGAAAGCCUGUUGAAACACUCUCGAUCUCGCUCUAUUGGGACCAGCGACCCUGAUGAUAUCCCGCUUGAAGAUCUCUCACGAACUACUUUCUCGGACGACACUCCGCCUCUGACAGCUGCAACCGAACAUGAACAUUCUCUUGGGAAAGCAACCUAAUCACGAAGUGAUGGAAGAUGAAGAUGAAUGGUACGGCUUGGAAUACACGCUGGAGAUGAGCAAGCGCGCAUCGAGUGGGUCAGCAGGGGAGAGUUCUCGCAGCCGCGAGUUGUGGCCAGCUCUCCAAGAUGAUUCGGACGAGGUGGCGUACAAAGAAUGGCAGCGAUGGCGCACGGACCUCGACUACCGUCGGGCGAUUGAGUACGAUGCAUAUUCGAAGGAUAUGGCAUGGUGGUAUGUUGAGGAGAGGAAGUUGUGGAAAGAGUAUUACCGGGAGCUGGAAGUUCAGGGCCGCCCGGGAGAGUGCCCGGCGGAUCCGUAUUAUCCUAGGCGAGAGAAGAAUCUUGGGUGGUACUGGAAGAAGUCGAGGUCGAUUGGAUGCUUGAGGGAGCUGGAAUCUGCGGUCUUGUGA